AUGUUCGGCAGUCUUAAGAGAGCUUUGUCAAAGCGAAAGUCAAACCCCAAUAACGAUCCAACGUCCGGUAAUUCGAAACACAUGACGCCAAACUUACCGGUCAGCAAUCAAGCUGCUGGGUCGCGUACUGGCGGCCUGGCACCACCGACAUCUGAUAAUCAGCCUUCUUCUUCACCGGCGACUCGUAGACCGGACCCUAAUCGCUCAACGAUGAACGCCUUUAGCUCCUCUACCGAAGCACCACCUGCCUAUACCCCCCGUUCAGCCUCGCCAAUGAACGCCCCUCGUUCCGCCUCAAUAGCAACCUCAAAUGACCAGGACCCUUACGCCUUUCUCAAAUCCUUCGACACUGUUUUCCUAAUCGACGACUCAGGUUCCAUGGCCGGCCGCUCGUGGAAAGAAACCGCGGCAGCCCUCGAAAUGAUAACGCCCAUCUGCACGGCCCGUGACGCCGACGGAAUCGACAUCUACUUCCUCAACCACCCAGACUCAAUUAUGCACUCCCACAUCACCUAUACCUCCACCAUCAUUGAAAUCUUCCAAACCGUGCGCCCCCGCGGCGCCACACCCACCGGCCAACGCCUCAACAAGAUCCUAAAACCCUACCUCCAGCGCUACGAACGGGAUCCAGAAAACACCAAGCCCGUCAACAUCAUCGUCAUCACCGACGGCGAACCCAGCGACGACGUCGAAUCCCCCAUCAUCCAAGCAGCAAAGAAACUCGACCGCCUCGACGCCCCCGCCUGGCAGCUUGGUAUCCAGUUCUUCCAAGUCGGCAAGGAGCCCGGCGCCCGCGAACACCUGAAGCAGCUCGACGAUGGGCUCAGGGAAGUUGCAGGCACAGACGAGUUGCGGGAUAUCGUCGAUACGGUGCCGUUUACGGGCGAGGAUAAUGCGCAGCUUACGGGUGCGGGUAUCUUGAAGGCGGUGCUGGGCGCGGUCAAUCGUCGGCUGGAUCGCAGUUCUAAUGAGUUGCAUAGGAUGGUGUGA